AUGAUCGCCAGCAAGAACGGCCACACCACGUUUGUGGCACUCAUCGACCAAUACCAACAGGCGCGGGAGCUUGUGACGGCCGUCUCCAACGGCGACAAGUCUCAAGUGGGGCGUCUCUUGGCCAACGGUGUCGACCCCAACACCUUGGACAAGGAUCUCGAUUCGGUGCUGUUACUCGCGGCUUCGGCGGGCCACGUGGGCGUCGCGAAUAAACUCAUCAAAGCAGGCGCCACGGUCGAUACCGUCUUUGCGCGCGGAUUCGCGGCGCUGCACGCUGCUGCGGAUCAAGGCCAUAUUGCCGUCAUCACUGCGCUGCUCAAUGCCGGUGCCGACGUCAAUGUCCGGUGUCACUGGGGGCGCACGCCGCUGAUUUUUGCCGCUGCAUUCGGAAAAAGCGGUGCGACCCAGGUGCUCCUUGCCGCGGGCGCCAAUGCGAACGUCGUCAGCCACAAAGGGUUCUCGCCGUUGAUGCGCGCGGCGCAGGAUGGGCUUGUCAAAAUCAUGCGGCUUCUUCUGGCGCAUGACGCCAACGUCAACGCUGUCGACGAGAGAGGCUUUUCGCCCCUCCUCUUUGCUGCGUCUUGCGGUCACGUCGACGUUGUGGACCAGCUUUUGACGAAGAGUGCCAAUAUCGACCACCAAGCGAGAACGGGUAUGACGGCGAUGCAUUACGCGGCCGAGUCCGGUCGCGUGGGCGUGGUCAAGAGACUCUUGGCCAGCGGAGCCGACGCGUCGAUUCCCGACAAACACGGCGCGACGGCGCUGCACGUCGCGGUUCACAAUGGAUACGACGAGAUUGUGUCCGCGCUUUUGGCGGUCGAAGCCGACGUGGAUGCCGAGGACGAGGAUGGCUGGACGCCCGAGAUGCUGGCCAAAACACCCGCGCUUCGGAAGCUCUUCAGCGACGCCAAGUACCCGGAAGCGAUGAAGAUCGCCGAUAUGAUGCAAGCCAUCAAGGACGACAACGUGCCAGUUGUGCUCAAUCUGCUCGCGAAAGGCGUCGACCCCAACAGCGCCAACGAGUCGGGCGAAACUCUCUCGCAUAUGGCCAUCACCCACAAAAAGAGCUCCGUGCUCGACGUGCUCUUGGAGGCAGACGGCAUCGUGCACUCAAAGCCCAACCAGGCCGGAGUGACCCCGUUGGUCCUGGCGAUCCGUCUCGGCCACUAUCGCCUCGUGAAUCAGAUUUACUCCAAAGUCAAGUUCGUCACGCAGCAGGUGACCAACAACGAUGUCGUGUACGACGAAAACGACGCCCUGGGGGCUGGCGCCUUUGGCGCUGUCUACAAAGGCUCGUUCCAAGGACAUGCCGUGGCUAUCAAGUGCGGCAACAACAAAAACGCGCUCAAGGCCGAGAUCGACGCGAUGCUCCAAUGCAAGUCGCCGUACAUUGUCGAUCUGAUCGCUAUCGCGGACCGGUUCUCGGAGCAUCCCAAGCUCGUGCUCGAGCUCAUGGACGGCGGCAGCUUGGACAAGCACCUCGAGGCCAAGCGCUUAGGGAAGCCGACCGUCGUCAACUACUCGAACGUGGAGAUCGCGUGGGUGGUUGCAAAGGCGCUCGCGGACUUGCACCAUAACGGCCAAGUCCAUCGCGACCUGAAGAGCGGCAACGUUCUGCUCUCGACGACCAGCUUCGUCAAGGUCUGCGAUCUCGGCAUUGCCCGCGACCUCGAUAUGAACAUGACGAUCAACAUGGGCACGCCGUUUUGGACGGCGCCCGAGGUCUUCAAGGACGAUGACUCGACGACGCACGGGUACGGCUUUGCCGCCGACAUCUACUCGUUUGGCGUCAUCCUCACGGAGCUCGACACGCUCCUGCCGCCGUAUGCGUCGCUUUCCAAGUGUAGCACGUUCGACAUCAUGAGCCGUGUCUACAAGGGCGAGCUCCGCCCAACUUUGAGCGACACAUGCCAGCCAUGGUACAGCAACCUGGCCAACAAGUGCUUGGCCUUUGACCCAAAAGACCGACCCAGCGCCAAUGACAUCGUGACGUUGCUUCAGGCGCAUCUCGGGGAGAAGAACAACGCGCUAUCCACGGAUGCGCCACGGCCUUUGCUGCACUCGUCGUCGUCGUCGUCGUUCAGUACGAGCAAGACGUAUUCGUCGUGGUCCAAGACGCAGCUUGUCAACACCAACAUCGUGUGCGCCGAUUGCAACACGCCGAAUCCUUGGGAUGCGACCCUCUGCCGCGACGAAGACUCCAAGGAGCCACUGCCGAGCGCAGCCAAGAAGCUGAAGGUGCUGCUCAAGCGCAUCGCGGUCGCCAACACCAAAGGUGCCAACGUUAAGCGAACAGUUCACUGUCGAGUCUGUUGCGAUCCCGUCGACAUCGAGCUCGAAGCGUGCCCAGAUUGCCCGGACGAGCCGCUGCCGGACGACGAGAAGAAGCUCCAGCUGCUCUUGCGUGAAAUCAAACGAGCGACGGCACCAUAAGCUCUUGUUUUCGCAGUUUCUACAUUGUCUACAGAGUUAAUUCUCAUUUUCCACGUUUGCAA